CGAUUUACUCUGGUUCUUUGAGCGUUGAGAUUUGCACACAAAACGUCUGUUUUUGUGUUCAGAUUUUUUUUAGUUCUUGGCUUUUCGAGGAUCCUUGUUUUUAUUUCCCUACGUCUCAACGUCCUUCCGACCCACUCACGUGUCCGACGUCGGUUCGAUCUUCCAUUAUUACGCUUGUCGCGGGAAUCGGUUAUCACAUUUUCACGCACGCACGAUCUUCAUAUGUACGCUAGUGUUCGCGGUGGCAUCAACGACAUUUUUACGUCUACUUUGAUCACCUGGAUUCUGUUUGCGGCAGCUAUCGUUAGUAAAGCUCGAUGGAAGUGCAUUAGUUAUUGUGGUUAUAAAUGUUGAUUUGAAGGUAUAUUUGAAUAUCCAUUCGAACAGUACGUUUUCUGACAUUUAAUCAGUUUGUGAUAGUGAGUUAAGAAAAUUUACGAAAAAAUCGAAAUUUGUGCUCGGUCACGAGCAAAAUUCUGCUAAGGAGAAUUUUACUCAGUGCGGCCAACAACGAGAGGAAUGCUUCAACGAAAAUUCGCUAUAAAUAAGUGUGAUAGUAUAUGAGUUGUCAUAGUAGCGCAAAAAAUAGCCGAAAUCAAAGUUAAUCUUCAACUUACACAUAAACUCUACAACCAGUAAUGCUCUUCUGCUGGACAUAAAAUCACAAUGGACAAAGAUCAGUAUAAAGUGUCGUUGCGAAGUGCUGGAGAAACAUCACAAACUGUUCUUGAACAGCAGCGCUUGGGACGUGUGAGAAGUUUAUCAGCUGAACAUCGAAACAAAAAUCUCGAUCAAGACGAGAAUGCCAACCUGAAAGACACAGUACAGACUGAAAACCCUGCUCCUGGAAAACAGAAAUUCGAUUCCGAAAAAAAUGCAUUCGAGAAGAAAGAAGAAGGAAUAGAAAAAGAGAAGGAACCAGUUGAAGCAGUGGACGCGGAUGAAGAGGAAGAAGAAGUCGAAGAGGAGGAAGAACAGGAAGAAAUCGUAGAAGAAGAAGAGGAGGAGGAGGAGGAGGAAGUCGAAGAGGAAGAAGAAGAGGCUGAAGAAGAAGUGCUAGAAGAUGAAGAGCUAGAAGAGAAAAAUGAGGCUGACAAGGAAGCAAAACAGAAAGCAGCUGAUGAAGAAAAAGAGGAAGAGAAAAAAGUUGCAACAAAAGAAUCAGAGCAAGAGCUCUUAAAAGCACAUGAGAAAUCUGUAACAGUACCCAGCCACAAAAUAGAAACGGCCAAACAGGUUGAUACAGUCACAGCACCAGUAAGAAAGCAAGGGAAAGAAGUUGCAACAGAAGAAUCAGAACAGAAGCUUUUGAAAGCACUUAAAGAAUCUGCAACAGUACCCAGCCACAAAAUAGAAGCGGCCAAACAGGUUGAUGCAGUCACAAAACCAGCAAGAGAGCAAGAGAAAGAAGUCGCAACAGAAAAAUCAGAACAAAAGCUUUUGAAAGCACAAAAAGAUUCUACAACAGUAUCAAGCCACAAAAUAGAAGCGGCCAAACAGGUUGAUGUAGUCGCAAAACCAGCAAGAGAGCAAAAGAAAGAAGUUGCAACAGAAGAACCAGAACAAAAGCUUUUGAAAGCACAAAAAGAAUCUUCAACAGUAUCAAGCUACAAAAUAGAAGCGGCCAAACAAGUUGAUGCAGUUACAGAACCAGCAAGAGAACAGGAGGAAGAAGUUGAAACAGAAAAACCAGAACAAAAGCUUUUGAAAGCACAAAAAGAUUCUGCAGCAGUAUCAAGCCACAAAAUAAGAGCGGAAAAACAGGUUGAUACAGUCACGGAACCAGCAAGAGAACAAGAGAAAGAAGUUGCAUCAGAAGAAUCAGAGCAAAAGCUUUUGAAAGCACAGAAACAAUCUGCAAAAGCACCAAGCCACAAAAUAGAAGCGGCCAAACAGGUUGAUGCAGUCACGGAACCAGAAUCCAUUGAUGUUCAGCAUGAGGAAAUGAAAGCCAUUCAAACAGAAUCGCCCAGUGAGGUAAAUGCUGUUAUAACUGUAGACGGCACCCUCACCGGUGAUGGCAGCACAGAAGAACCUUCUACAGAAAUACACGCCAGAGAAACAGAGUCAACAGAUGAACCUCCACAAACGACUCCGAGUGAAGUGGCCGAAGCGCUCUCCACAGCCGCAACGCAACAAGCCAGUGAUGACAAAGAUCACCCCGAACAUCCCGAAAAACCAGCGAUUCCCCCACAAACGUAUCUAUGGGAGGAAGUAAAAAAAUCAAAGGAACAGGUAAGUGAUGGCGGAUAUCCAUGGACACACCUGUACAAAGAUCCGCUUGGUCCAGAUGAUGAACCGGAAGUGAUUGUACGUUAUACCCACUCUCCGGUGAAUCGGCGACGCAAGGUCGAAGAGCAGUUGAUCGAUGGAAGCACUCGCGAAGAGAAAAAAGCUAAAACUGAAAAUGGCCAUAAUGCAAACGAAUCAAUUGAGAUGGAGCCAGUAUCUCAAGAAGAUCCAAUCACUCCAGAGUCAGCAACAUCCAUCACAACGGAAGCCAGUAAUGGUGAAACACAUUCACCUAGGCGUAGCAGAGCUCGGGCUACCUCGCAUGAACCUCACAGUUUGAAACAUGAGGUCAAAGCUCAAGCCAAACAUUUCCUCGAUGAACAUCCAAGCAUUAGAAGCUUUAGUAACAGUUUAACAAGAAAAGGCAAACGUACAAGAGCUUUCGUCAGUAGAUCGCUGGAGCGGGCCAAGUCCAUGGCUGACCGACAAAUUGAUAAAGCGAAGGUUCAAAUGAAUACACUUAGAAGGCGCAAGGCUGCCUCAGAGCCUCCAAGAGAUUUACCGGAUCACAAAAUUCUAAUGCUACGCGAAUCUCCGAGAUUUGGAAACCGUGAAAUACCAUCAUAUGUAGUAAGACAGCCAAGCGACGAAGCUAUGGACACAUCGGAAGCUGAAACGAUCGAAAAUGUGUCACCUGAAACAACAACAGUCGUACCAGAUGAAAUCAUUGACUUACCUCAACAAGAAGCACCUGAACCUGUUGCGCAGCAGCAAGUAGAAAAAAUGGAAGUUGAAGAAGAGCGAUACGAAAUAAUUGAGCCUCCUAAAGAUGGUACUGCAAAACCAGUCAUAGAAGAGUUCAAGCCUGCAACUCCAGAACCUCCGAUACAAAUCGUAUCAGAAGAAAUAAAACCACAACCCCCUCCAAAAGCACCACGAAAGAAAAAGGAGCAUCAUUACGAAGAUAUCGAUGAUUAUAUCCCACCCAAAGAAGAAAUUAAAGACAGUAAACUGGGUGCUGAUUCAAGAUUGAUACGACAACAUGAAAUAGAUGGUUUUGAUCCAAUCAUUGGUGAAAUGUUGGGCAAUGACAAAAUCAAAAUAUCGCUCCAACUACAAGAUGAAAAAAUCGUCAACGACAUGCUAAGCCGUAAGAAGCGAUUGGACGAAAUUCUCCAACAUUCCUCAGAAGAUGAAAAAGAAAAGGACAAAAUUCCUUGCCUAGGACUUCUUGCGCCAAUUUCAUCAAUUGAUUCCACUUCAUCGGAUGAAGAUGCUAGACGAACUCGCCUGUCGGCGCUUGCAGAAGAAAGCGACACCGGAAGCAUUGAUAACACUACCUUCAAGAAACAGGAUUCGUCUAAAGAAUCUGAACUGCCAGUUGUGAGUGAAGGUCACAAAGAACUCGAAUUGACACCAGCCGAGGAGAAAUACAUAUUGGAAGACAGUAAUAAUCAAUUUGCUGCCAGUGAUGCAACAGCACAAGAAAAAAUCUUAGAAAAGCAGCUUGAACUAACUCCAGCAGAGGAGCGGAUGCUUUUCGAGGCGGAAAUGAAAACACAAAUCACACCAAUCGAAGAGAAAGUUCUGAACACGGAACCGCUGGUCGAAAAGAAAGAACUAUCAACCGAAGAUGAUAAGCCCGUCCUGGAUGAACGUUGGUCGAAAAUGAGUGAUCACGAAUAUGAGCCAAUCGGUGAGCCAGUUGACGACAAAAUUGCUGAAGCAAAACCAUCGGCAGCGAAAGGUAGUCUGGCACUGCCUACCGAUGACCCGAAGAGAAAAUUAUCCACCUCGUCGCUCCGUGUUCCUGUGGAUGACGGCGAUACGAUCAGCAUGGAAGAACUUCAAAAGGACAUCGAGGAUCGUUACUUCAACCGUCCCUCCGUAGAGCAAGCGUCAGCAGAAAUUUCCGAGCCAGUUGAGGCGGCUGCACAAGAAAAGACUAGCAAAGUCAAGUCAGCAAUGGCUCGAGCCCAAGAGAGCGGUAAGAAGGCCAUGGCCCGGGCACAAGAAAGCAGCAGAAAUGCUAUGGUCAAAGCACAAGAAGGCAGCAAGAGUUUGCAUCAGAAGCUACGCAAACAGACUGACAAGUUCAAACACAAAAUGACCAACAUCAACAUUAAGAAAGAUAAAGACGUCGCUCCUUUGGCCUCUCCGGAGAUUGUUACUACUCCCGAAAUCGAAAGGCUGGACUUUACCAUUGCAGAGCCCAAGGCAGAACAAGAGACUGGUGAAAUAGAGCCUACUCCUGCUGCCAGCGAUGAAGCUGCGGUAGAUGCGGAAACCGAAGAAGUUACAGCGGAAAAUGGAACCACCAAGAAGAAAUUCAAAGGCGCAGACUUUAGCAAAAUCAAAAACAUCCAUAUGCCAAAAAUACAUAAGCCGGAAUUCAAACGUCCCGAAUUCACCAAAAUUUCCAAACCAAAAAUGCCAAAGCUCAAAACUCCCGACAUGUCCAAGUUUAAGCGCCCAGAAAUGCCAAAGUUUUUGACAGAAAAGCCAGAUUUCUCCAAACUUAAAAUGCCUGAAAAAAUUGGAACUAUCAAAAUCCAACGAAGCAAGUCCAUGAAAGAACCUGUACUCUCCAGUGCUACAAGUGCUGCAUCGCCAUCCGAGAUUGAGGCACCCUCUGCUACUGAUGAAACAGGUACCAAAAAGAAGCUGAACUACACCGAUUUCAGCACAUACCCUCGCUUGUUGGACAAAUUCAAGCGCCAAAAAUCAGCGCCAAGUAAUGCUAGUGUUCGAGCUUCUACACCUCCGCCACUGGAGUUCAACAAGGCGGGAAAGACAUCUCGUGCAAAGGGCACUGGUUUUGUCUCUCGUUGGGCAGAGAAAUCAUCUGAAGAUGCAGGUAGCACACGCUUUUUCACCGGAAGUGAACUUGGAGAACGCGAAGGAUCUGUCGAGAAACGAAUGCGCCAGCGCCUGGAAAGGGCAGAAUUCGAUGAACCGGAAUUGGCUGUCACCGCUGAACAGAAGCAACUCGAGGAGUAUGAUAAAGAAAAUCGAGAGAUUCAUCUUUUGUCUGCUGCACGACAUGACGAGUUUAUGAAGCGCAAGCCACCUAUGGAGCGUCAGGAGUCUGAUCUUGCAUCAGAAGAAGAAAAACAGUUUUGGGCAAGCUCACUUGGUCAGAAGAUUCGCCAGAAUAUCGAUAUGAACAGCAAUGACUUCGACUUCUUGGAUGAGGAAGACCGUCUCCGUACGGUACGGGAAAGUGAGGCCUUGGGAUUAAGUGCGCAUGAUCGCGCAAGAUUCCUGGGUGAACCAGUUGGAGAACAUUCGGAAAAGGACUAUGACAUGCGUUCUACAACUCCAUAUUCGAAUAAAGAGUGCCAAUCGUCUGGUAGUUCCGGAAUACGGCGGCGUAAGGGUGUUAUAGAAGAAAUUGAUGAUGAUGAGUUCUUCCUCCGACAAAAAGGAAUUUCCAAAGAUAAUAUUCAAAUGGGUGAAUAUAUAAGCUCAGCCAUUAAGGAAGGAUUGAGCACACCAAAGAAUGCAUUAGCAGAAAUGGGAAGAUAUGACCAAUACUAUGACGACGAACAAGAUGCUAGUGAAAGAAUGAGUAUGGAAUACCGCACUGAACAUGGUGCAGGAGGACGCUAUUACCAACCAAGUGUUGAGUCUGAUGAUAUCUCUAACAAACAAAGCUUCACUGAUGAAUUCCGCAAACAAGCUGACUUUUUCAAGACAUUCCCUCCAGAUCGCCCCAUGAGAAAGCAUAAAAAAUCAUUUAAUGAUGAACAUUUUGAUGAUGAUCACCAAAAGGUACCGUACGAUUCGUACCAACAGGAGGAGGAUCAGGAUGUGGAGUUUUACGGCCGAGAUCGUAAGUAUAGCAUCGAGCAGCCGGAGAUCCGCACUGAAAGAGAAGAGCAUUUCAUGGAUGAGGAAAGCGUUGGUAAUGGAUUCACUCUGACCGGUACAGCCGUACCACCAACGCCACCUAGACGCCGCAAGAAGCGCUUCCGUGAUGUCACGCCAUCAGAUCUCACCCCAUUCGGAAACGGUUUAACAUCAAAGCCCAUUUACAAUAGCUUUACUCUAGGACCCGAAACGCACAUUUUCAAUGCCGACGUCCCGUUGGCCCAGGAGGAAAGUUUCACAACGCCUAUACCUACCCCUAGAAGAUCACGGUCACGAUCACAACUCUCAAAAUUCAUGGAUGAUGAUAGAACCUCGAGAGGAGCAGAGUCCUACAUCUUCGGAGCCGAAGACAAUGCCUUGGUGAAGCUCGCUCUUGAUAUGUCUGAAUCGAAUGGCUACGCAACUGUACGAAAAGAUCCUCCGCCUCGUCCACCAGCUCCGAUUCGCCGUAGGAAAUCGACUCGUUCUCUGGGUGAUCAACGGCAGUUCAACACUCUACCAAACUUCCACUCGAUUUCACCAGCCCGGCCAUCUCGCAACUACAGUACCAUCAGUCCCAACAGACCACCUCGUGGUAGAUCUAUUUCAAGCCUGAAUGAGAGCACCACGAAACUUCCGAGCAUCAGCAAGGAUGACAUUACCCAAUAUGAAGACAUAGAAGCGGUAGAAAAUCACGUGAAACUUCACGAAACUCUUCAAUCUGGCGAGGUUGUUAAAAAGAUGAAAGAUCGACCGUUGCCGCCUCCACCACGUCCACCGAGGGAUACUAGAAAACCUCGCAAGUUCGACCAUGAUGACCGACUUGACUUCGAUGGCGGGGCCGAAAGAAUAACUACAUUUGACACAAUAGAACCACGGGUGAUUGAAGAGGUAGAAAUAGCCAUUCAAACGGAUCCUGUAUCCGAAGACUUUGAACUGGAUAUUGAAAUAUCGGAUACAAUCGGUAAAUCGAGUAAAACGCUUCAGGAGAUUCUGAAAGAAGAACAACAAGCCGAAAUUGAUCGAGCUCGUCAACUGGCAGAAGCAAGCAAUUUAAUGCGAGAUAUUCAGAAGUUCAGAGAUUCUACAUCAUCCUUAUCGCUUCAUGGAAGUCGUCCAGAAACACCUUCUGCGAUGACAUUCGAACGAAGGGUUUCAGCUCCAUCUGCCUCUCAAAUCGUGCCAAGUUUGAGUAGUGAAAAUCUUACCGAACAAGAUCUGGCUAAUAUCGACGAUGAUAAAUUUAUAGCGGAACUAGUGAAAAAAUACGUGUCUGAGGAAAAGGUUACUGAUAAUUCAAAGAAAUCACAAAAAUCUAUUGAGGAUCCUAAAGCUGAAGUUGAAACAGUUGAACCCCCAAAAUUAAGAGAAAUUGAAUCAAUGAUCGUACAAGAAACUGUACAAAGAGAAGACGUACGAACUGUUCAAUCGAGACCCUCUGCACCUCCACGAAGACGAUCCUUGGUCUCAUCUACUCAAGACAUCCCAACAAGCAUCGAAAUACCACAAAAUGUCAUCGAGGAAAUCGUAGAACGUCUUAGAACGAACGAACAACAACACAUUGCGGAAUUGGAGCAACUUCACCAACAACAGAUGGAAGAUUUGAGAAAACAGCAAGAGGAACAAAGAUUGAUACAAGAACUAAAACUAGAAGAACAGCAAAAAAUGCUAUUUGAUCAACAGAAUCAACAGCUACAUGAAACACAACAGCUCAAAGAACAAAUUCUUCAGCAGCAAGAGCAACAAAUGGCGCUACUUCAGCAGCAGCAACAGCAACAACAACAGUUGCUAUUAGCCCAGCAGCAACAGCAAAUUCUUCUUCAGCAACAAGAGAAGGAACGAGAACUUCAGAGGGAGCGAGAACGUGAACUCCUUCGUGAACGCGAAAUUGAACUGGAAAAAGCGCGAGAAAGAGAACGAGAGCUUCAUCACGCUAGAGAAUUGGAGUUACAGAGAGCACGAGAGCUGGAGCAGCAAAGAGCGAGAGAACUCGAACAACAAAGGUUACGUGAACUAGAAUUACAGCGAUCGAUGGAACUGGAACAUCAACGUCUGAGAGAUCUCGAACAACAGCGAGCUCAAGAAGCUGAAAUCCAACGUGCACGUGAGGCGGAGCUACAACGUGCAAGAGAUGCUGAGCUGCAACGAGCACGAGAAACCGAAAUCCAAAGAAUUCGGGAAACCGAAAUGUUGCGGGCUCAAGAAGCGGAGAUAAUAAAACUCAAGGAAUUUGAACGCAAGAUGAGGGAGAGCCAAAUCAGAGAAACAAAGGCUAGUGAGACUGCACCUUCCGAAACAGCUGCCGAGGAGAGAGUAGAGGUUGCCGAUUCUGAACUCGCAUCAGAAGUCGGCGAAACUGUACCCGAAACAGCAGCUUCUGAAGAGAAGCCAGCUGUUGCACCUGCACCAGUACGUCCACCUCUACCAAGAAUAACUCCUCAGAUACCGAUAAACGCUCAAUUUCCCUACCAGGAGUAUCUACCCUACUCUCUGCCACCACAACCGUUCUAUCCUACCAGGAAUCUUUCCGAUGAUGAAGGAGCUUAUCCACAAACGCCACACCGUCGUCGAAGACAUCAUCGGUCUAGAAGAGAAUCAACUUCUGAAGAAGAGCUCCAACGUGAGCCACGAAAGCAACGUCACGGUACACGUUCACCUGAGCCAUCGAUCCCGGCUUUGGGAAGUCAACUGAUCCGAGCAUGUGGAACUUCCAUCCGAGAAACGGGAGAUGAACUCAUGACUAUUUUGCGAGCAAGUAGCAAAGACGAAAACAAACGCGAUUUGCAUAUUGCUCUUAUCAUUCUAAUUGUAAUUGUUGCCGGCCUUAUGGCCCUCGGAAUGAGCGGAGAACAGUCCGUACACCAUCAUCAUUGGGAUUAUUUUAAUCCACCAGGAAACAGCGGACGCUAACUCAAUGAUUUUGUGAUACCACCUACACUACGAAUAGGAAGUCCCCAUCGACACCCUUGUUGUUUUUUGGAUACGAAUACUCACUUGUUCACACACAGCUAGAACUAUUCAUAGAUUUUGUUUUCAAUUCAUCAAUAUGAAAUUGUUAUCUUUUGUAACGCAUCGUGUUAAUCCUAGAACAUCGUUAAUUUUAAAUUGUUUUUAAAAUAUGCAUUUGAGCGUUUACUAAACAUUAGAAGUCGAUCAUUAAUUGUUAAAUCACAUUAAUUUCGCCAUUCUAUUCUACUACCUAAAACUGUAGUCAGUUUUCUCUGCGCACAUAAACUCGCACAUUGUUAAUCGAUUCUGCACCAUCUAACACUGCAACAUAGGGAAAAAAAACUAGAAUUUUUUGAUGAAGAUAAUCUAAUUUCUUAUUUUGACAACUAGUGUACAGUAGAAAUUAGUGUCGAAAAAUAUAAUGCGAGUUUCAAGGAAGAGCACACAUGGUUUGAGAACCUGCGAGUUUCAAUG